UGUGAAUGAAGGGUUAUGGUGGAACAAGUUUGAGGCACUGACACCGCUUGAGCAAAAGCAGGAGAUAAACAUUAAACACUGCAAAAUUCGUAGGAACCGCACAAUUGAGAUAGUUGCAACCAGCAAGUCACCACCAUGGCACUUGUUGAAGCCUCUGCUUCUCUUUCAAUCUCUUCUGGUGUUGCUCGUCUUUUCACUCCACCAAAAUGCUCUCCCACCGCUCACUUUCCUCAUCGGAAUUUUGUUGCAACUCGACCAUCAUUCAUCGCUGGUUCCCCACUCUUGAUUCGGAGAAAUCAUGGAAGGAAAGCUGCAUGCAAAGCAAUGCCUGUUACAAUAAGAUGUGAGCAAAGUACCCAGGAAGGGAACAGUUUGGAUGUGUGGCUAGGUCGGCUAGCCAUGGUUGGCUUUGCAGUAGCAAUCACUGUUGAAAUUGCUACUGGGAAGGGACUCCUAGAGAACUUUGGACUCACAAGUCCACUGCCUACAGUUGCCCUUGCAGUAACAGCACUUGUGGGUGUCUUGACGGCAGUUUUUAUCUUCCAGUCAGCGUCAAAAAAUUGAUCACAUAUUCCAACUCCUUGUGUCUGUUGUAAAUUCUGAAGCUCAGAGAUUUCAUUUUCGGAGAUAAAAUUUUAUCAUUCUUUUCUGUAAUAUUUGUUUUGAUGAAAAGAAUUGGCAAUGAAGCCUGAAAAAUCAAAGUAACUUCGUGUUAAAUAUGGUAUGACCUCACCUUUCCAUGUUGCCUUCAUCCAUGUCAAACGCUACCUUUGUGAAUUAUGUUGUCCUCAUUGCAUUAGUUGUGAAUGAAAGAGGAUUUUCACUUAA